AUGGGAACUACCAAUACCACCUCAAACCGCAGAGCCCCUUCCCGCUUCCCCAACCCAACCUCCACAACAUCCUACUGGCGGACCCAACUCCACCCCCUCAACGAUUUCCGCUCCAGCAACACCGUAACCGAAGUCGUCGACGUGGCCAUAAUCGGCGCUGGCCUAUCCGGAGCCUGCACCGCCUACCACCUGCUAACCCCAAACCCAUCAUCAGGCUCAGCUCCCGCUUCUUCUACUCCAAUCAUAGCCAUCUUCGAAGCGCGACAGGCCGCAAUGGCGGCCAUACCAAGCAAUCACCCCUAG